GGGUGCGAGAAAUUAAGUUGUGCCUCCGUGAAGGAACAUCGCGCUCUGCCGUGCACUCUCUUCCUGACAAUUCUCGUACCGAUCAGGACGCUCAUUGAAUUCUACGUUCCGCAGUCGGAGAAUGUGGGUGAUACCUUCACUCUGCUAGCCCGUCGGUCUGACCAGGAAGAAUUCGUCCCCGAAUUGCCGUACUCAGCCUUAGAUAAUGCGUAAAUCCUCGACGUCGCUCGGCUCGAGCACCUUCAGUAGAUAAUUGGACGAGUUCUGCAGUUUGUGGACAACUAUGGAAUGUUAAAACGAGUGGUGUACAUCGUCAGGUUCUCGGCAGCAGGAACUUUGAAACGAAAGUCUUGCGCGAUGAAUAUUUUAAAGGAAUUUAAUGCUUUUUGGCCUUUGUCCGGGAGCCUUUACGGGGAGAAGUUUUCAUUUCAGUGUUGAGUAUAUAAAUUAAGGGGACUUGAGAAAUAACUUCAACGUUGGUGCCAUAUUUAACCGGAUUGCAGAAUUCUGCAACUGAUACGGAGUCGAGAUAUGGACGCAGUGAUCAACACCCUCAACGCCGUCUAUACUCCACCGAAGUGUGACCUUUUUGAUCUCGAGCCUGAACAGGUACAUGUAAUUUUCCGGCAUGGAGACAGGUCCCCAUCACCGAUCAACUCGGUUAAUCUGGAUGCUAAUCUAUGGGCAAGUCGUUUGCAAGAACCCUUCAUUCAAAUGCUAGAGAAAACCAAAUACAAAAUUCAGACGCAUCCGUGGGGUCAACUGACGACGACAGGAAAAGAGCAAGCUUUGGGACUGGGCCAAUGGCUGCGAAGAAGUUAUUUGGACGUCCUGAAAAUUUCAGCUGAGAACCUGCCAUCAAGCAUCCAGUUUCGCUCUACCGACUAUGAACGAGCUCACAUGACAGGUAAGACGGUCAUAUGUGAAUGAAAGAUGCCUUCUUCCAUUCAAUACAGGACUUGCCUUAUUCAUCACAGUGAAAAACGAUUCAAGUCGAAUGUUCUGGCAAUAGCUUGCUUACUUCUUCGGGUUAUGUCUUGGAUAGUUUUCUAGUUUUAUCCACUGGCAAGCACUAGUGUCUCCUCUCAACGAUGUGAUCCCCGUUUCUCUCUGCAAUAGAUCAAGAAGUGUUUGUUGCUAGGAUAUGUUUUCCUUCCAACACAAAGAAGGAAAUUGGGGGUUUUAGACUAUUAAACUGGAUAUCAGAUGUACGUUAUCGAACAAAAAGUGGUGAUGAGAUCAAAGUAAUUCAAGCUUAUGGUGGAGGAUGGACUGGAGAAAAGUUCAUUUGGGGGCCCUCAGAGAAACUUUUACAGCCACACCGUUUUUCAUUUUAACCCACUGUGACUGAUGAAUUGGUGAGAAGGGUUGUACGUGCUGAACGGUCUUCUGGGUUCCAGCGAAGCAGCCGGAAGAAUACCUGUAAUUAUGCGAGAGAACACAGACGAAACUUUUGGAGACAAUGGUUAUUUCUAUGGGUUAGUACAUUCUUCUGCGAUGUCGUUCAGUCCGUGAGAGAGCUGCGACGGCUGCUAAAGCAUCGCAUGUUUAUCCUACUCUUCUUUGCUGUAGUUCAGACUAGCUACUUGUAAUUGUGGCUGGUUCCAGCUCCCCCUGCAAGUUGUGAUCAGAAACGAACAACCUUAUAAAUCCUAGUCACUUCAAAAGUCAAUGAUCACAUUAGGCCUCGCAUACCACCCAGCUGUGACCCACCCUUCCAAGAGUCGUUCAAAUAUAACUAGAAAAUAGCCUUUGUUAAUUCAGUAGGUGUCAUACAAGGAACGUUAAAAUCGUUUUCUUCGUAGGAACCAAUUUCUAUCUUCAUUUACACCUUGACCCUGACCCUUUUCAAAUACGAACUAGGACUCCAGCUGGUAUUUGAAGUCCCUUUACCCUGGUCGUCACCUUCAUCCGGUCAUUGAAACCUAUCCUCUAGAACAGAGACCAGCUAAGAUUUAGACACAUCCCGUGAUCAGUAGCACCGUGACUGUGUACUUUGGAAUCUCAGACCUACUCUACAGGGUGCUUGGCCUUGUGAAGGAAUCCAUGGAUCUUGAAUUGAAGCCGGUUCUUCAAGCUGACGGAACCUUCAGGCCAAGUGAUACCAGUCUUCUAUUUGAGGUUUGUAUAUUUCUCUUCGAGACAAAACAUCUCAGGGAUUAUGAAUGUUAUGCGAUGAGGACUUUUAGAGUUCACGAAUCAUUCAAACCCAAAUGUGACUCACUUAACAUGAUUCCGGUGGAAUUUUUUUCCCUCACUCAUUUCCGUUUUGGUUGUUGGCCUGCAGAAGUUGCAGGCUGGCCUAGGUGCCUUCCUAGGUUUGCCAACCGACAGGCCAUUCAAUUGGUUGUUGCUUACGCUGGUAGUAGAUGCCAUCGAAUGCGGAGUUAAGCACGGAGACCCUAUACCAGGAUCGGUAACACUAGAAGAACUAAUUGCUGUCAAAACUGCAAUGAGGAACCAACUCAUGAUGGCGUUUACGGAGAAAUUGCAGCUUGGACCGGGGCAAUUGAUGAGGGAGAUUGGAGAGUCCAUGACCCAACGCACAGUAUGUGAUGGAGUUCCCUCACUGUAUCUCUACUCAGGCCACGAUGCUACAAUCAUGUCCGUCGCAGCUAACUUAGGAGUACCGGUGAAUGAGUGGCCCGACUACACCGCAAAUAUAAUUGUUGAGCUUCUGAAAAGUGCGGAUUUGCGAGAGCAAUACUUCGUUCGGGUGUUGUAUAAUGGAGCAGAAGUGCGCUUGACUUCGUUGAGCAGUCCAACACAGGAAUCCAAAACUGUCUUCACGAUUAAGGAGUUUUUGGAACAAUUCUCGCUUAAUAGGAUAACGGAAGAAGAGUUUCAAAGUACCCGCAGCAAAACUGAGGACUCUAGUUUCUACGACAACUUGCGAAGGGUCGGAGCUUAGACUGCCUGUCAGACAUAAGGGCAUGCUAUCACAGUAAUUCUCGGAAGCCACAUGGAAGACGCAAAUUAGCUGACAAGCUGUACUUCUGGACUCCGUUCAGUCUUUUUUGCUUCAAUCUAAAAUCUUCCUAAAGGCACAUUCUGUA